AUGAGUGACCGAUUGUUUGAUUUGUUGUGUCUUUUGGCAGAAACGGUAACCAAUUGUCUGGAGAAUGGAUGCGUGGAAGUGAUGGCAAUGAAUGCGUUGAGUCUAUACGUGACGACAUGUCGUAUGAUAUUCCAGUCUUCGUGCGAAGACAUGGGCGCGUGGGCUGACAUCAACCGACUCGUACUCUACUUACGACAGGCGCUCACGUGUUGUGUCUGCGGACAGCUGCUCACUGUUCCCAUGUCUUCGACCAUCAGUUCCUGUCAACACCACGUGUGUAAGGCCUGUGUCGGCGGCAAAAUGCGGUUAAAGCCGUCGUGCAGUUGGUGCAAAGAUCACUCCAAGUUUGUGGAGAACACUCAGCUUAGGAUUCUUCUGCAGUGCUAUCGCAAU